AUGAAGAACAAUUUUAGGUAUAUUGAAUUCCAUGACAGUUGCACUUCAAACCCCGGAGCACAGGGCUCCUGCUGCAGGAGGACCGGUGGCGACCAUUCCGAUGGUUGCCCUGAGGACCUGAAGAACUGGCCAAAGCGAUCCCUCGAAGCCGAAGCCGAAGCCGGCCUUCCAGGGAUUGCAGCGGACGUGCAAGGACGGUCUCUUCACAAACGGUAUACCAGAGAUGUCAACAAGCAGAUCAAGCUGGCUUGA